GUGCGACGACGAUGAACCCGGAGGAGGACGUUCGGAUCGAGAAGAGUCCGCGCCGCACGCCGCGCUCCAAGACGACGUCCAAGCUCAAGCAGAGCAUCUCCGAGUCCAAGAUGCUCCAGCUCCUCGACAUAGCGCUCGACCCGAGCUCCAACCAGACCGACGACGGCGCCGAGAACGAGCUGCUCUGCGACUCGACCAUGGUGUCGCUCGCGUCUGCGUGGACGCCGGAGCACCAAGCGUGCGACCGACGGGGCGUCCUCAACACGAUCCGCUCCAUCCACCGCACCAAGCAGCCACCUUUGUCGACCCCCAAAGCGUAGGCCUGUGUUUCCAGUG